CCGGCGGGGACGGGGUCGUCGCGGCCGCCGCUCCUCCUUGAGUUCGGGGCCGCCUGAGGCGCCGUCGCGGCGACGUCGGGGCCGCCCGAGAGGUGGCCGCGGGCUCCGAGGCGACAUGAGCGCGGCGGGGCUGCUGGCUCCGGCGCCGGCCCCGGCUGGAGCGCCGCCCGCCCCGGAGUUCUACCCGGAGGAGGACGAGGAGCUGGAGAGCGCCGAGGACGACGAGCGCAGCUGCCGGGGCCGCGACUCGGACGAGGAUACGGAGGAUGCCAGUGAGGCUGACCUGGCAAAGCAUGAUGAAGAAGACUAUGUAGAGAUGAAAGAACAGAUGUAUCAGGACAAACUGGCUUCUCUGAAGAGGCAGCUGCAACAGCUGCAGGAAGGCACAUUGCAGGAAUAUCAGAAGAGGAUGAAAAAGUUGGACCAGCAAUACAAAGAAAGGAUCCGGAAUGCAGAGCUCUUCCUCCAGCUGGAGACUGAACAAGUGGAAAGAAACUACAUCAAAGAAAAGAAGGCAGCAGUGAAGGAAUUUGAGGACAAGAAGGUGGAGCUGAAGGAGAACCUGAUUGCAGAACUGGAAGAAAAGAAGAAAAUGAUUGAGAACGAGAAGCUGACUAUGGAGCUGACGGGAGACUCUAUGGAGGUGAAGCCUAUCAUGACCAGAAAGUUGCGGAGACGACCAAAUGAUCCGGUCCCCAUCCCAGACAAGAGGAGAAAACCUGCCCCUGCUCAGCUAAACUACUUGUUAACAGACGAGCAGAUCAUGGAGGAUCUGAGGACCUUAAAUAAGCUUAAGUCACCCAAGAGACCAGCAUCCCCAUCCUCCCCCGAACACCUGCCUGCUACACCCACGGAGUCUCCAGCCCAGAGAUUUGAGGCUCGAAUAGAAGAUGGCAAACUAUAUUACGAUAAAAGAUGGUACCACAAGAGCCAGGCCAUCUAUUUGGAGUCAAAGGACAACCAGAAACUGAGCUGUGUGAUCAGCUCUGUUGGAGCCAAUGAGAUCUGGGUGAGAAAGACCAGCGACAGCACCAAGAUGAGGAUCUACCUGGGCCAGCUUCAGCGCGGGCUCUUUGUGAUCCGCCGGCGGUCAGCGGCUUGACUUUCUGCAGCGUCUCUUCUCCCCAGACCCUUUUUCUGGAGUGGUUUUCAUUUUGGUUUGUUUUCUUAAUAGAAAAUUCUUAACUUACCGGGAAUAGCUACUUCCUUGGAAUGGAGGACACUUGCGGAUCCUGCCAGGCAGGCUGUGGCUGGCCACUUCCGUCCCUGCCACUCCUCCCUGCCUCGGCCUCCUCCAGCGUCAGGCACCACGGGACCCUUACUGUCAGGAGUACUUGGGGGUUUGAUUUACGUUAUUUGUAUUUCUUUAUUUUGUGCUUAUACUUUGACUUUUUGUUCAAACCUUGAGCUUGAAGGGAGAGCUGUUUUCCUUACCCUUACGUCUUUCUAUCAUGAAGACGAGCUGGAAGGAAUCCACUGAAUGGUGUAUUUCCCUGUUUGCAUCUGAUGAGUGGAUGGUACAUCUCCUUCCCUUGUUGGGCCCUACUCACUGUGGCCCCAGAAGCCUGGGGCAAAGGACCAGGCAGAAGGAGAUUGGUUUUCCUGGCUCUUGGCCUUCUCAGAGAAACAAAUGCUUGUGUAACAGCUAGCACAUGCCAUAUAUUCCACUGGCUGUCCGGAGACUGUGCAUCUAAGUAAUUGGGACUGGGGAGCUGACAUUUUGUAUCCCUAACAUGCUGAAGUUACCAUAUUUUAAAUAUUAUUUAAUGCACGUGAUUUAUUCAAACAUGUCUGCUCCUCCUCAGGCUAGAACAAGAGGCAGUAAUUUCCAGUUUUCAUUUGUAAUUCUUUUCUCUCCCCAGUUCCCAGAUAGCUAGAAAUGUUGCAUACCUCGGACCAAGCGUCUAAGUAUGCUCUAGUUAGCGGGGCAGCGAGGCUGGUAGUGCAGUAGUUGGGGAUCUCUAGACUCCUUUAUAAGUCAGGGUCACUGGUGCUGAUGCCAUGGCUGGGUGUCCCUCUGUCGGACACAUAAUUCACUGGGAGAUAGGGCUCUGCACAUGACUGGAUGCAGCUAGAGGAUAAAGAAUCUGUUGUCACACAGCUGUUAGUACCUCUCUGGGCACCUUAGGACAUCCUUGUAGUAUUCCUAUUGGUCAGGCCCUUGGAUGCCAUUGUUGUCUCGUACUGUACAGAGCCUACAGCAAGUUGUGGUGACAAGUGAUUUGCUGACUCCUAAGUUCUGGCUUCCACAGAGACCAAACCUUUCUGAUUGGUAAAGACUUGUACAGAUAGGUUUUCAUUUUAAUUUAUGCUUUCAUUUUCUUCCUGGUGUUGGCAGGAUAAAUGAUGUUGUUUAUCAGAAGUUGUCUAGGUGUUCCCUCUAUUUCUUCCCUGCCCCUCCCCCAUUGUUACCAUGUUUACCACAGUGUACCAUGACUGUGGUAAGCAGAGGCUCCUCCCCUCUUGACAGUGCUUGGUGGCCCAGGCUGUGAUUGAGGAUGUCUCUUGCCACUGGCAUAUGUAAUGUUGCUUGCCAGGGUGCUGCGGUGGGAACUUAGUUAAAUAUGUUUAGUAUGUUUUGCCAUCCGAGGUUUUAAGAGAGAUUUCAACCUGUCACCUCCCUUGUCUUCCCACACAGUACAUUAAAGUGUGUUGUGGCUAGGGUCCCAUCCACGGUCACAGGGUCUGCGGUAAAGCAGUGGCAUGUUGCCUUCUGUUCUUCACUUGUCUGAGUGCAGCCUUGUGUUUUGGUGAAGUCACCCUCGGCCUGAGGGCUGGGGUGUGGCCACUGCCACCCUCUCAGUACCCUCAGAAGCCUCAGUUGUGACCCAGUAAGAGGAGGGGAAAUGCAGUCUCAGGACAAACCACAGUGAAUUCCCUCACCCUGAGGUAGGAAUACAGCAGCCAAGAGGAGAGGCCUGUGAGUGGAUAUGGUGGUUGUCUGUGAGGAUGGAACACAGCUGGAGGGAAUUCAGACAGACUCCUAGAGAAGAGGCUAUAGGGCUGUUCUUACCCCACAAGCUGAGAACCCUUGCAGUAAGCCUUCAAAUCAGGUGAAGCCCCAGAUUCAACUGUGUCAAGCAAGGUGGCCUUUGGAAAAAUCAGUCCAGACAAGUCUGAUCAAGAACCUGCUGGUUGGUUGGUGUGGCUGAAAUCCUAGCUACUUGAGUUGGAGAGCGGUGGGGUAAGGCCAGCCUGGGCAGAAGUUAAACUCCAUCACAAUCAGUAAAGCUGUGAGUAACGGCAUGUAUCUGUCACCCCAGCUACCUAGGAGGCAUACAUAAUAGCAUCACUGUCCAGGCUGGCCUGGGCAAAAACGUUAAGACCCUAUUAAAGAAAGAAAGCAAAAAAAAAAGAUGAAGGGCAUGGCACAAGUUAGAUCCCUUGCCUAACAAGGUUCAGGUCCCUGAGUUCAAAUCCCAGUACUGCCAAAAAAACAUGCACACAUUUUCUGUGAGCCAUGCCUCCAAGUACCACAUCCAGUGUUCGUUGGGGAUGUUGUGUGUCCUCUCUCAAGCCAGGGUCUUUGUGAACAGUUUGCAGACCGGUUUCUGUAGCUGUACAAUGCCAGGGCAUUUCUAUUCAUUUGUAUGCCAGUGUUUUGGAUGUCUUAACUACCUACCUUAAAAGUUUUCUUUUUGAACUUCUCACUGGGUAAGAGCCUCACCACUGAUCUAUGAAUGGAGCCUCAUGAAUUUGUGUAGGAGGUCCUGUGUCAGUGCUGGGUGGCUUUUCUAAGUGAAAUAAGGAGGGGCAGGGUUGGGGUAAGGGUCACUGCUUUUUUUAACCUGACUGGUGUGGGGGUGGGGAAUCUUCUUAUCUACAGUAUUUUUCUUUUAAGCCUUGAAUUUUUUGCUAAGUAAUUUCCUCCUUAUUUAAAAAUUUUGUCUUUAUCUGGGAAUUUGAAAUCUCAGUAUUUAGUGCAUCACCAGUUUUUCCAAAGAGUCUGAACCAUUUUAAUGCCAGAACCUGGUAAAUCUGCAGCCAUUUCAAGCAGCUGGUGAGCUUUUUUAUACAUUUUAGGCUUGUUACCAUUAAAUGUCUCGAAAGGUGAAUGUAAAUUGUAAAAAAGAAUAGGGUUUUUGUUUGUUUGUUUGUUUUAAAUAAACUUUCCAAGAGAAACAAUCCAA